UGGUCUCCUGACUGUGAUUGGCGGGAGUGGGCGAUGGGACAGACAGAGGUGGGGAGAGGGGGCUUGAAGGCGGGGCGUUACAAUGUGGCGCUCGGUCAGACUGCUGAAGACGGACGCAUGAGACUUGCGGAUCACCGGAGAAAAGAAAAAUAACGAGUGUCAGUCUACCUCCACACAGAAAACGACCAUGAGAGUCCUCCUACUGCUCUCCAUGCCAGUCCUUCUGCUAGCCCAGCCCCCACUCUACCAAGAACCCUUUCCUUUCCUGGAGGACUAUGACCCUGAUUAUUUUCCUGAGAAUCCUGACACGGAUGUCCAGCAGCAGGUCUUGUUACAUGGUCCUCGACCAUUCCCUGAGCCAGAACGUCCUGGUCCAUCUGAGCCAGAGACAGAGCCUACAGAACCUGGCCCCCUAGAUUGCCGAGAAGAGCAGUACCCCUGCACCAGACUCUACUCUAUUCACAAGCCAUGCAAACAGUGUCUGAAUAGCCUCUGUUUCUACAGCUUGCGAAGGGUGUAUGUGAUCAACAAGGAGGUGUGUGUCAGGACCGUGUGUGCGCAUGAAGAGCUGCUAAGAGCUGACAUGUGCCGUGACCAGUUCUCUCGUUGUGGUGUAGCGGCGGUGAGUGGCCAGUGUGGGUCACUGGGGAGCAGCUGUGGGAAGAGCUGUGGAGGCUGUUGAGAAGAUGGACACAUCAGAGAGAACUCCAGCCCAAAUACUGCCACAUCUCUUAGGGUCCACAUCCCACCCCCUACACCCUUCUCUUCCUCUGUCCCAUCUCUUAGGGUCCACAUCCCACCCCCUUCUCUUCCUCUGGCCCAUCUCUUAGGGUCCACAUCCCACCCCCUACACCCUUCUCUUCCUCUGUCCCAUCUCUUAGGUUCCACAUCCCACCCCCUACACCCUUCUCUUCCUCUGUCCCAUCUCUUAGGGUCCACAUCCCACCCCCUACACCCUUCUCUUCCUCUGUCCCAUCUCUUAGGGUCCACAUCCCACCCUCUACACCCUUCUCUUCCUCUGUCCCAUCUCUUAGGGUCCACAUCCCACCCCCUACACCCUUCUCUUCCUCUGUCCCAUCUCUUUUCCUGUUCCUAAUCUUCCACUGUAUUCCACAUAAUCUUUGGUUCCAAAAAACUCCUAUUUGUUUAUUUUCUCUACUUCUCUAGUGACUUUCCCCGUCAUCCCUUUUUUCAUCUCUCUUUCAGAAUUAUACAUAAUGCAAGGUGGGAUCAGUAGAAUGUGUGUAUGUCUAAACAUAUUAUUUCAUAUACAACAGAACAUUGAUGACUGUAUAACAUAACAUAACUGGUGCUAUAAAAUCACUAACAUACUGGUGCUAAGGAAUUGAAAUCAGCACUCAAGAGAUGCACAGAAAACAAUCUUGAUCUUGUUUUUUUUGCCUUACUGUAUCCUAUAUUCUACAUCAUUGUGUGGUGUUUGUUGUUGUUUACUGUACCUUUGUUGAAAUCAGUCAUAGUAGUGAGGGAACAGCAAGAGUGGCAGCCACUGUGCACUGACCUCAACAACAGAGGCAUUAUCAGCACUCAAUCAUCAUCCCACUGCCUCUGCACUUCCUGGGUGGCGAGCAUCCACAAUCAGACUUGAAGAGACGGAUUCUGACCUGACGCCUGAUCUCUCCUGAAAGUGUUUUUGUGUAACACGGUCGGCCACAUGACUAGAGCUACGGUGGCUGGUGACCUUGCAGUGAGUGCAUAGUUUCACAUAUCAGAGGCAAGAAGUGGCGGCUCAUAAAUUGUUACUGUACUACUGCUUUGUAAAACCCUUUCACUAUAAUGGAGGAGAAAAUAAAUGUUUUUUUUACUACAA